GGGAUGUCUGGCCAUUGUAGGACUCAGUGUGGAUUGCGAGACAGAAGACCAAGGACAAGAGCGCAGAUGGCGCGAAGAAGGACGUUCCUUGAGGGCUGCCCGCUGGGCAUUGAGCCGCCUAGGGAUGUGGAUGGUAGGAUAGAAACUAGCCUGCCCACCGCAAAUGAGGGAUGGCACCCGAUGGUGGAUUGGGUCGGGGUUGAACUUGUGGAAAACAUGGUUUACCUAGUGACGAGGGUUGAAUGGCGUGCGGAUGAGAAUGGGGAAUGGAACCCGGACCCGCGGGGGCAUAUGCGGGUGGAAGGGCAACUGUAUGUAUCAGAGGACGGGUGGCAGGAGUUCGGAGUCCGGUUGGCAUCAGGAGAAGACCCGCUGAGUAUGUUCGAAGCGGCAUGGCAGUUAGUGUGGCGAGCGGGAUUCGAGUUCGCGGAUCCAGGAGGUGACAAUGUAACGGCGGACCUUAAGGUAGCCAUGGUCGGGAGUUUUGAAUUGCCUAGUGCGAAUGUACGAAUGAGGUUGCCGCCCUUCCUGUUGGGGAGAUUGGGCGGUCUGGAACUUGUUAGACGAGCGGUAGCCGACCUCGCAAAUCUGACGUAUGAAGAUGCGAUGGUACAUCGAGAAUAUUAUCGGGCCUUCCUAGAAAUGGGGCCGUUUAGCGGUGAACAGAGGCUAGGUAAAGGAAUGGCGACGGAAGAAGGGAUCAAUGACCAGCAGAGCGGAGGGAAUCAGGGCACGAAUGGGGAUGGGGAACGAAACGAGGGAUCAGCGAGGGAUCGAGAGUCAGCCAAACCGGAAGGAACCCGACAAGACGGGAAGGACCUCUCAAUUGGAGAAAGCUUGGGGAAAGCUGGGGGUAGCAAAAGGGGACCUCAGGAAAAUAGGGAAGGGGGAAACGAUAUGAGAACAAGCCCUCGGAACUCAGCAGGAACCACCCCUAGAAAGACGAAAAUCUCGGAUGCCCGUCCUAAACUGGCAGAGAUAGAAAAGCGGACUGUAGAAUUUAAAGCAAGGCUUAUCGAGCAGAUGAUGGCCGGGGAUAAGGAGGAACCCCAGGGCGCAGGAUCACGUGAGGGACGCAGGACCGGUCAGGACGAGGCCAGGUAUGGGGGGAAGGAUAAUAGUCACAAGGGAACGCCUAACAAGAAGGGGAAGGACAAGGACGACCCCCCGGCGGAAGGGACGGAAAACGCUAUGACCCCACCCGCCAUUGACAGCGGCACUAGCCGACUGCCUGCCACGUCGAAAGUAACAGGGGCGUGCAACGAACUCUGGAGCCUUAGGGAAAGGGUGCUAGGAUGGUUUCACCUAGAAGGAACGCCGAAAACCAGCGAGAAGCAGAGGGAAAGCAAGGAAGGGGAAGGGACUAGUGCUGCUGGAGAAGCGGGUAGCUCCGAAGGUGGUCUCAAGAGGAUAGUCGCCACCCUCACCCGAGCACUAAACAAGAACCAGGGGUAUCUCGCAGAUGCAAAGAAGAAACUCACGUUCGAUGGGGCAAACAUUACGGAGUUUCUAAUAGACUAUGAGAACCUAGCAGCCUUACUGAAAUGGACGGAAGAGGAAAAGAUGGAUCACCUAGGUCAGCACGUGUCGCUAAGCUUGGGAAGGGACAUUAUGGCCAUCGUCGCUUCCAGUGGAUCCUGGAAAGAAACCAGGAACGAGAUGACGAGGAAAUACCUGAAGGCAGAGAAAAUGGCAACAGAGGCCGAAUUAGCAGCAGUCCAGAGGAAAAACUAUGUGACCUACAACAAUUUCCUAAGGGCGUUUACGUUAGUGGCUCUGCGAAUUCCCGGGGUAACGGACCGCAUAAUGAGUAAAUACUUUCUCAGGCAGUUCUCCGAGUUUGAUAAGGAUAAGAUUUUGUCAGCAUACCAGCAGACCAGCAAGUUUGAAUACACAAGGGAUGUGGAUUUCAGUACGGUAACAGAUCUUGCAGAGAAGACAGUGGUAACUGAGACCCUGACCCUGCUUAAGGAAGGGGAGGUUAUAGACCUGACCGGGAAGACGGGGGAUAAGAGGUGCAGUAGGUCCCUCAAAGGUGAGAUUCUCGGACCUCAGGGAGAGCGCGUAAACUGGAAUUCGCCAGGAGGAAUGCGGCGUGUCGUCAUCCUCCUGAAUAACUUGGAUAUAGCUGUCGUAGAAGCAGAGUCGGUAGCUGGGCUUGUCUGGGACCAACCAAGGGGGCGUGGGCCCCAGGUCAACUUCAUCCUGGAAGGUAAUGGGCAGGAUAGGGUAAAUAUUACUACCCGACGGGCUGGCGCGGAAAAGAAGCUCAUCCGAGACACGGUAAUGGAAGAAGCCACGGGGGCUAGAGCAGAUCAGGAGGAAGCUGAGGCCGGGGAACAGGAGAAGGUUUAUGGAAAAACGAGGGAAGAGGAACCGGUAGAUAAAGCCACGGCGGCAAAGAAGAAGUUCAGGUACCAGAUCCCGAUUCUGACGCUGCCCGAAUUAGAUGACACUCUAAGCAAACUCCUGGGCACCAUGGUGUCGGUAUCCUUCCAGACCAUGCUGCAGGCAAGCCCGAGACUGCUCAAGGGCCUCAGGCAGCUAUUGACGCAAAUGAUUGGCAUGCACCUGCAUGAUGGCACGUAUAUGGUAGACAUAGAGGAUCCGGUGACUGGUCGCGGAGAACUCCUCCGACUCCUCGGAACUGGAGGGGACCCCCCCAAGGGUAAGCUGGCAACCUGGUCGCCGACGUUUGAAGAAAGUGCACGAAAAGGCGCAUUCGCACGGAUGGAAGGCAUGAGGGAAAUGGUGGAAAUUAUGAUUGAGGAAGUGUUUAGCAAAAAGGAAUGGAUCAAAAUGGGUCUGCCUCUAAAGAAAAGGAGACAGGAGGACGAGGUCCUCGGAGUCAUGCUCGCAGAAAAGGAGUCGGAGAUUGAACUUGGGGCCAGCCUGCCCAAGCCAAAGGAGGGACGGAAGGAAACGACAGUAGUAGUACUCGAAAUCCCUGACUUGCUGCAGCUCAUCAAAGCUAUUAGGUACCAUAAAGUUGGGGUAGAUCCGACAGCAGUUGCAAGAUUUGAAGAAGAAAUCCAGAAAGGUUACUGCCUCAAUGGGAAGGUUGUCAGUCUUCAACCCCGUGCCAUGGAGGUGGCAAGGCCAAUCCCGAUUGCUCAUUUUUUAGGAGAACGAUCCCAGAAGGGAGUGUGCGAAAGUACAAACCCGCGAUUUAUCCUAAGGAUCGAUCCCACCAACGUCGCCGGGGAUCUAAAGAAUUACAAGCCUAUAGAUCCGACCGUCGGCAGAUGGAUAGGUUUCAUAUGGCAAUUCGACUAUAAGGUCAAGCGAAUUGCGGGGCUUCGAAACAGGGCAGAUGGGCUGAGCAGGGUAUGUAUCAUGCUAGAGGGAGUAGAGGACGCGGAACCAAUUGACGCCUUCCUAGAAUACGAAGGGGGGGCCUUUGUUGUGGAUAACGAAAUGACCGACUCAACGCUUACAACAGGUCAGUUGCUGAUUCAUACCUUGGAAAAGGGCGCGCCUGCAGAACUCAGGGAAGGACCAGUCACCACAGUCAGGCGCAAAGAGGAAAAGGACUCGUGGGGAGCAGAAGUAGGGGCCAGAGAGAAACUGAUGGCAAUGGCCGUGGAAGGGGGAAGGGACGCCGUGAUGACGUUGGCCAAAACCUGGGCGCAGAAGGAGUGUCAGUACCUAGUCAACCAGAGCCGGGAGGAGCAGGAUGCGGAUCAGAAGGAACAAGAGUUCUUCCUCAUACAGAUAUAUGAGGGCAUCUUUAGAGAAAUCGGUCUGCUGCUUGUAGGGAACAAACAACCCACGGAAGUCAGCUCCAAGGCAAGGGAGGAAGCUGAGAAGUACGUCUUAAGAAAUGGUCACCUGUUGAAGAAAGAGGAAGGGAUGAUACCUAGGCGUGUCAUUUGUGGGAGGUCUAGGCAGCUGGACGUAAUUCAGGCAAUGCAUGAUGGGCUAGCUGGAGGUCACCGGUCGUCAAAGGGGACACUUGCAAAGAUCGUGCCCCUGUAUUUCUGGCCAGGAAUGGCAGGCAUGGUCGCAACGUACUGUCAGACGUGUCUGAUAUGUCCAGAGAGGAGCUCCGCACGGGUUUACGAACCCUUUAGACCCACUCGGGUACUGGGACCCGGGCACCUUGUUCACCUCAAUCUUGCGGUUAUGCCCGUAUCAACGGAUGGGUUUAGAUACAUCUUGGAUGCAAGGGACAAUCUCAGUGGCUACGUAGAGGUCGUAGCUCUCAAGAGGAAGACGGGGAAAGCAGUGGCCGAUUGGGUGGAAGACUACCUAAGACACCCCUUCGUGUGUAGGUUUAUAGCAGAUAAUGGGACAAGAUUCGUUAACCAGGAGGUGUUGAACAGGCUUAAGAUAUUGACCAGGCAAGGAGAAAACAGCAAGAUGGAGUUUGGAAACAAAAACGACAGCAAUGCAAUCAACACGCCUACUGGGGGACAACCAUCAAGGCAGGCUGGGGAAUCGAGCUCAAGGAAAAGGAAAUUGUAUGUGGAGUUUGAUCACAAUCUGGCUGUGAACAGAGGGGGCAGAAAACAAGGGACCAGGGGGCUGUCACCACUGAGAGAAGGGGAGCCGAUAGUCCUCCCCUCUGAAAGCGACACCAGCAGUGAGGAAGAAGGGAACCCAGGGAAAAGGCAAAGGUUGGAGGAGGAGGAGCCCAUUGAGGUCAUAGACCUCAGCAGUGAGGAGGAAGAGGAUGAGGUGACAACACCCACCAGGGAAGAACGGGGAAGAGAGGAGGGUCCAGAGGAAGAAAAGGACAAAUGGAUAGAAGAGUUCGGGCCUACCUUGAGCGACUGGUUCAAUCAAUGGGCUGCCAUCCUGCGAUAUCAAUGGGCAAUGAAGGGGAAGGAAAAGUUGAGCAGGGGAGAAGACUUAUCCCCAACGACCUUCUUCUCGGAAGGGACGCUCCUUCAGUUACAGGGAAUAAAAAGACAAAUGCAGCAGGAAAUGGACGAUCGAGCAAGAAGGGAGGCUCGGCGCGGGGCAGCGGGACAAUAAAGGGGACAGUAGGCAUAAUGGGGGCUAGCUAGAAAUUG